UUCCCCGGCUCCACAAACAACAUGGUGGAAACAAUGAGAGCGGAGGAGGCUCGCGAACUGUAAGACCGAGGCAACACCGGAAAUACCGGAGUAACAACUGACGGGAAUCCGCGCACCCAGCGGGGAAUCUGCGUGGUUAGACACAAGAGCACCGUGUCCAGGGCACGUGUUACCCGGGUCAAUAAGCAGCCAGGCCCAAGGUCCCGGAAGUCCUCGUUUUCCCUCCCCCAUAUCAUUCUUUGAGCUCUUACACACCAUCAAUAAUUCAUUUUAAUUUCUCAGCUUUUUUCAGUGUUACAAACAUUGGGAGAGCAUUUUUGGGGGGUUUGCUGUGACCCCCUCUCCCUCCAUUCAUUGAUUGACAGCACUGACUGCAUCUCCAUAGUGACCUCCAUCCAUAACUCUCUGUUGGACAUUACUGGUUCUCUGGUGUAAAACUUCCAGCUCUCUAUCCCACUCCCACCCUUCUUACAGCGUCAACCAUGAAGUUGACGGAUAACGUGUUGCGCAGUUUCAGAGUGGCGAAGGUUUUCCGGGAAAAUUCAGAUAAAAUUAAUUGCUUCGAUUUUAGCCCCACUGGAGAAACCGUGAUAUCUAGCAGCGAUGACGACUCUAUAGUGCUUUAUGAUUGCCAAGAGGGCAAGCCCAAGAGGACGUUGUACAGUAAAAAAUAUGGAGUUGAUCUGAUUCGAUACACACAUGCAGCCAACACAGUGGUCUACAGUUCCAACAAAAUCGAUGAUACUAUUCGCUACCUGUCUCUUCAUGAUAAUAAGUACAUACGUUAUUUUCCAGGACACAGCAAGAGAGUGGUUGCCUUAUCAAUGUCUCCGGUUGAUGAUACAUUCAUUUCUGGCUCUUUGGACAAAACGGUCAGGCUAUGGGAUCUACGCUCUCCUAACUGCCAGGGUCUGAUGCACCUUCAGGGUAAGCCUGUGUGUUCCUUUGAUCCAGAGGGUCUAAUUUUUGCAGCUGGAGUAAAUUCAGAGAUGGUCAAGUUAUAUGAUCUUCGCUCUUUUGAUAAGGGACCUUUUGCCACAUUUAAAAUGCAGUAUGACAGAACAUGUGAAUGGACAUCUCUGAAAUUUAGCAAUGAUGGGAAAUUAAUCCUGCUCUCUACCAAUGGUGGCUUCAUCCGACUAAUUGAUGCCUUCAAGGGGGCUGUUCUGCACACAUUUGGGGGCUACAAUAAUAGUAAAGCAGUUACAUUGGAAGCCUCAUUUACUCCAGAUUCACAGUUCAUUAUGAUCGGAUCUGAAGAUGGUAAGAUCCACGUGUGGAAUGGUGAGAGCGGCAUGAAGGUGGCGGUGCUGGAUGGUAAACAUACUGGGCCCAUCGCAUGCUUGCAGUUCAAUCCCAAAUUCAUGACUUUUGCCAGUGCUUGUUCUAAUAUGGCUUUCUGGUUACCAACUCUUGACGAUUAAUACAUCAACACUUACCAGUAUAACAUUUUGUAGGACCUCAUUCAAUGACACACCUGGAUUUUCUGCGGUUUAUUCUACCCAAUGAGCUGAUAAAUGGGAUGCAACCAAAAAAAAAAAAAAACUAAACUAAAAUCCAUCAUUUCAUGAGCACUCCCAGUAUUAGCACUUUUCAGCCAUACUGACAUCUCCGCUUGCCAAAAGAAAUCACCGGUUUAUCCCAUUUCCCCUGACUUAUGCUUCCUGCUGUUAAGAUAACAUCCAGUUCUUAAGGUGCUGUGUCACUUUCAAAGACUCUUUACAGAGACUUUUCUUGUGUUUCUAACGAACUGUGAAACUGCCAUGUACAUUUAUUUGGACAUAUGGUUUCUUUUCGAGGCCUUUUUAAAAUCCUGUGGCAUUUUUUUUUUUUACUUUAAUACGAAUUAUUUUUGAUGUAUUCCCAUUUUGUAUCUUUACCACUUGCCAGUCUGAUAAAUGCUACAUUUACUUUUUUCUCCAUCUAGAUUCAGUUUCACAUGGAUCACAAAGGCACAAUUUGAUGCUUUGCAUUAAGCAUAUAGUCAAGACUGAAUGCAUGAUAUCCAGAACAAGAUGGUUCCUCUUUUUAAUUCAUAUUCCUGCCAUCUACGUAAUGUAUCUGUAGUUACAUUGCUUUAGUUCUUGAUUUGUUCAGUUUACAAAUUAUAGCAUUGUACAUCGCUCUCUGAUCCAACUGUGUCCAUUGCAUCUCAUAGUAAGGAUUCUUUUUUUCUUUAUCAACCGUCCAUUUGUACACUGAUCGCCUAAAUAUAAUUUUUCCUUCACUGGGAAAAUACAAUUUUUUGAUUUGCUAAAUAUUCAAAGUUUUCAUUACAAAAGAACAGUGUUAGCUCUGGCAUGGAUUAUGUUUAAUGCUAUGGAUGCAAUUGUGGCAUUACUCUACUACUGUAGAAUCCCAAAUAGACACUCUCUCUCCUCUCUAUCUCUCUCUCAAUAUUUUAUCCCUAGCAUCGGGACUGGGCAACUACACCCUCCCAGCUGCUGUUCGAGUCCACCUCCCAUGAAGAAUUUAACUCCAGAUCAUGUGUAUUACAGUCCACCAUUGUUGCCGUUGCUGGACCUUCCUAUAGAAGGCAGAAGCUUAAACCUUUAUUUUGUGGAACCAGUGUUACAAUGACUAUAACACAUAUGGUGGUUAUUCACUAAUCCAGAAUUGUGAGGCACAAGAGAAUAGCAGUGUUUAGGCCACAAUAGUCAAGCUGGAAAUAUAGCUAUGGGGAAUACUUUUUUUCAGUCCAGAUUAUUUUGCCUAGAUUGUGUAAUUCCUUUGUCAAUUCUCAAUCAAUAUUAUUGUCAGAACACAUUAACCAUGGUUAUGAUCCAAGUGUCAUUUUGUGUGCUUUUUCUACUGUUUUAUAAGUUCAUAUUUUAUAAAACAGAUUUAUAUCCUUGUCCUUACCUCAAAUUAACUGUUUAUUUCUGUAAUAUGACUAUUAGCAAAUUGAGCACUGUCUUCUGCAAGCUGGAAUUGGAAAGAUAACUAGAACUGCCCCAUAAUGCUCCAGAGGGGCCAAUGAUACAAAAUCCUGUUUAUAAAAAAAAAUUAAAAAAAAAAAAACAAAAAAAGUUUUUCUUGUCACUGCAUGUAAUGAAAUUUUCCUCCAGCAGUAUUUCUGAACAGCCGUAUUCUGAUACCAUAGACACAACAUGCAACUUGCAUGAAUACAUUCACAGCCAUGUAUAUAAGAUUAUGUUGAAAUGUUGUGAGUACAUCACAGUUUCAUGCAAAUGGUCCACAGUUGAUUCUUGUAAUUAUUUUUUUUACAUAAAUAAAAAAGGUUAAACCAA